CGCACACUUGCACCGGCCGCUCGCGCGCAGCCCGGCGUCGCCCCGUGCCGCGCUCGCUCCUCCCUCCCUCCUCCCGCUCCGUGGCUCCCGCGCUCCCGGCGAGGCUCAAGCGCCGAGCGCGCGGACGGGCGCACGACAGACGGCCCCGGGAAGCCUCGGCCCGCGCCUCCCGGGCGGGCUAUGUUGAUUGCCCCGCCAGGGCCGGCCCGCGGGAUCAGCACAGCCCGGCCCGCGGCCCCGGCGGCCAGCGGGGACUAUGAACCGGAAAGCGCGGCGCUGCCUGGGCCACCUCUUUCUCAGCCUGGGCAUGGUCUACCUCCGGAUCGGUGGCUUCUCCUCGGUGGUAGCUCUGGGCGCGAGCAUCAUCUGUAACAAGAUCCCAGGCCUGGCUCCCAGACAGCGGGCGAUCUGCCAGAGCCGGCCCGACGCCAUCAUCGUCAUAGGAGAAGGCUCGCAAAUGGGCCUGGACGAGUGUCAGUUUCAGUUCCGCAAUGGCCGCUGGAACUGCUCGGCGCUGGGGGAGCGCACCGUCUUCGGAAAGGAGCUCAAAGUGGGGAGCCGGGAGGCCGCCUUCACCUACGCCAUCAUCGCAGCCGGCGUGGCCCACGCCAUCACUGCUGCCUGCACCCAGGGCAACCUGAGCGACUGCGGCUGCGACAAGGAGAAGCAAGGCCAGUACCACCGGGACGAGGGCUGGAAGUGGGGUGGCUGCUCUGCCGACAUCCGCUACGGCAUCGGCUUCGCCAAGGUCUUUGUGGAUGCCCGGGAGAUCAAGCAGAAUGCCCGGACUCUCAUGAACUUACACAAUAACGAGGCGGGCCGAAAGAUCCUGGAGGAGAACAUGAAGCUGGAGUGUAAGUGCCACGGCGUGUCGGGCUCAUGCACCACCAAGACCUGCUGGACCACGCUGCCGCAGUUCCGCGAGCUGGGCUACGUGCUCAAGGACAAGUACAACGAGGCUGUUCACGUGGAGCCCGUGCGCGCCAGCCGCAACAAGCGGCCCACCUUCCUGAAGAUCAAGAAGCCGCUGUCCUACCGCAAGCCCAUGGACACCGACCUAGUGUACAUCGAGAAGUCGCCCAACUACUGCGAGGAGGACCCGGUGACGGGCAGCGUGGGCACGCAGGGCCGUGCCUGCAACAAGACGGCCCCCCAGGCCAGCGGCUGCGACCUCAUGUGCUGCGGCCGUGGCUACAACACCCACCAGUACGCCCGCGUGUGGCAGUGCAACUGCAAGUUCCACUGGUGCUGCUACGUCAAGUGCAACACGUGCAGCGAGCGCACCGAGGUCUACACGUGCAAGUGAGCGGCGGGGCGGCGGCCCCACGGGCCUCACGCGGGGCGGCGAGGACUGGACGCUCUCCACGCCAUGGGCACGGCCCAGACCUCUGCAGCCGCGCUGAGCUUGUCUGCUGUGGGGUCCCCUGCGGGGGACCCCUCCAGGGCCCCGAGUUGUCCACGCCACACCCAGCGCCGCUCCCUCGGCCCCAGACACCGCCUGGGGCCUCCUCGGCCGGAGCAGAGCCUUCGCACCAGGAACUCUGGACUCCGGGGCCUCAAGAGAGCAAUAUUUAACAAUUUAUUCUGAUAAAAAAUAAUAUUAAUUUAUUUAAUUAAAAAGAACCCUUCCACCUCGUCGGGAUCCGUUUCUGCAAUCAAAGUGGACCGCUUGCUUUCCUGUGGGAUAAUUCUGUCGCUAGGACAAGGAGCCGAGUAGAACUGUACAUAAUGAUUCUUUCUGCAGAUACUUCUACUAGUUGAUUUCGCAAGUACCCCCUUGCCGCACUAGAUGUUUAAGUGCAAGGGCAGACAUCCUGUAUACCUAUGUAGACAUAUACACACACACUUAUAUUUUUUUGCUGUUUGCUGCUAAUUCUCCAGAGAUUUAAGCUGGUCCAGAAAUGGAGACGUUUUCCAGGAUACGUUUCCCAUCCUGUAGUCCUCCCCAGCUCAAACGUCACCAUUAGAAAAGUCCAGUUUGGAAUAUAUAGAGAGAGGAAAGGUAAUACUAAAACUCCCAGCAGUUUCCAUCUUUUGGAAAGUGAGCCACUGGAUAAGAGAGAAUAUUUUGUAAGAGACUAUUUUUAUAUGAAUAUUUUAUUUAUAUUGAGUCUGCCUGUAUCAUUCCACGGCUUGUGCUUCUUCUUAAUUCCAGUACUCGCUUUGGGGUGAGGGGGGGCGAGGCCUGGGUGUGGGGUCAGCCCCACGGGGACCCUCACAUGGCCGGGUUCUCAAGUUCUGUUGGCCACGUGGGCAGAAGCGGCCCCAGACGCCUGGGCUGCAGUGUCAUCGGUAUCCCCAGGAAGGAAGCAGGCCCCUGGCCACAGCCUGUUGAGCUCAGGCCUUUCGAGCAGGGUCCCUGAGCGGUGGCCUCGAGUGGAGCCGUGCAGCGGCAGGCUCCUGCCCUCGGCAUCACGUGACCAUCACAGGGACAGGUCAUCGUCACUCAGCAGAAGCCAGCUAAGGGAGCCCGCUCCUCACCAGGAUGCCCUGCCUUUGCCGUGUAUCCUCAGUUAUGGGGCAGCAGAGCUGGGGUGAGGGGUCCCUCGAGCAGCAGUGAGUUAGUGGAUGGGUGGUUGGUGUCACGGUUCCAGGGCAGAGAGAGGUGUGGAUGAGGCCUCUCUACACUGGGUCCAACUACAACCAGUGCCUCUCAAUCUGGAAAGCUCUCCCCCAGGAGGGUGUGGUGUCCUAAUGUGUGUCCGUUUGCAUUUCCCUGUGUGUGUGUGUGUGUGUGUGUGUGUGUGUGUGUGAGAGAGAGAGAGAGAGAGAGAGAGAGAGAGAGAGAGAGAGAGAGAGAGAGAGAGAGAGAGAGAGAGAGAGAGAGGAUCCUCGGGGUUGCCAUGUGACGGCACCCUCGAGCACCUCCCGGGUGCUGAUGUGUGUACGUCUUGUGUGCUCCUGCAUGUACACAGCUAUCUGUGUAUCUCUCUCCAUGUGCUUGGGAGAUUGAGGUUGCUGUGUGCCCAUGCAUCUGCUGGUCCCGGGUUGUCUCUGCUUGCGGUUGAGGGCUUGUGGUAUGAAGCAGACAGCGGGGACCUUUGGUGAUUGUGUUGAGCCACCAAGAGAUGGCACCUCUGAACUACGUGCCCAUAGACACUGAUGAAACUCAGAUACCUCUGAGACCACAGCCCCAUGGCCCCACACACUGGGAGCCCCUCAGUGUCUAAGCUGUGUUGGACUCCCCAAUGUUAGCACUGGGCCUGGAUCACAGCAUGGACAAA